CUUCCCAUGAUACCCCGCGGGGCGCCUAUUCAAACUGCACGGAGAAGAGGGAGGCGGUCGUGAUGGCGGCUCCGGAGCCGGAAGUGGUGUGCCCGGCCGCAGUACCGGAUUUGGAAUGGUACGAGAAGUCAGAGGAAACCCAUGCCCCCCAGAUAGAACUACUCGAGACUACGUCUACUCAAGAACCUCCCAACCCUUCGGAGCCCUUUUGUCCCAGAGACUGCAUGGUGCCAGUGGUGUUUCCCGGGCCUGUGAGCCAGGAAGGCUGCUGUCGGUUUACUUGUGAACUUUUAAAGCAUAUCAUGUACCAGCGCCAACAACUGCCUCUGCCCUAUGAACAGCUUAAGCACUUCUACCGAAAACCUUCUCCCCAGGCCGAGGAUGCGAUGAAGAAGAAAGCUUGGGCCGCCGCUGAAGUGAGCAGCAAGAAAUGCCAACAAGCCCUGGCAGAACUGGAGAGUGUCCUCAGCCACCUAGAGGGUCUCUUUGCCCGGACAUUAGUACCCCGUGUGCUUAUCCUCCUUGGUGGCAAUGCCUUAAAUCCCAAGGAGUUCUACGAGCUUGACUUGUCCCGCUUGGCCCCCAACAGCAUGGACCAGAGCCUGAGCACUGCAGCUUGUUUGCGGCGUCUCUUCCGAGCCAUUUUCAUGGCUGAUGCCUUCAGUGAGCUACAGGCUCCUCCACUCAUGGGCACCAUUGUCAUGGCACAGGGGCACCGGAACUGUGGAGAAGAUUGGUUUCGACCCAAGCUCAACUACCGAGUGCCCACCCGGGGCCACAAACUGACUGUGACCCUGUCCUGUGGCAGACCCUCUAUCCCAGCCACAGCCUGGGAGGAUUACAUUUGGUUCCAGGCACCAGUGACACUUAAAGGCUUCCAUGAGUGAAUGGGGCUGCUUCUUCAUCGUGAACACAAUGGCUUUAAUUAUCUUUCCCCCUAUGGCGCCAAGUCACCCAUCUCUUGCUUGGAGCUAGAAUUGCUUCCUGGUGAGAGGAAUGUUCUGUCCUUCCAGCUGCCUGUCUCCCCUCCUCAGACUUCCUGGUGGGCUGAUUGUAUGGCUGUGGCUGUCAUAAUUAUCACUGAACAACA